CUGAGACGGCGGCGGCGGCGGCCGUGAGGGGGAGGAGCGGCAGCGGAGAGAGGGAGCGGGACAGGGACAGGUUAGAGGAACAGGGAGCGGGACAGGGAGAGCAACAGGAACAGGGAGAGCAACAGGAACAGGGGACGAGGACCAGGGAAAGCAACAAGAACAGGGACAGGGGCGAGCAGGAGGGAGCGGAGCGGGGAGAGGAGAGUGUGUCCCGGCCGGCCGGCGGCGCCAUGCUGCUGUCGCUCGUGGUACACACGCACUCGCUGCGCUACUGGCUGCCCGCCGCCCUCAUGCUGGGCACGGCGCCCGCCUACCUGUUGGGCUGGGCGGCGUGGCGGCUGCUGGCGCUGCUGCUGCCCCGGCGCCUCUACCACCCCGUGGACGACGGCCUCUACACCGUCUACCAGAGUGUCGUGCUCUUCUUCUUCGAGAACUACACCGGCGUGCAGAUCAGGUUCCUGCCAGUCACCACAUUCAGUAAAUUGCCAGAGACAGCUUAUCACAGGAAAGAGGUGGUUAUAUAUGGAACCCUGCCAAGCAAAAAGGAGAAUGUGAUUUAUUUGUCUAACCAUCAAUGCACAGUUGACUGGAUCAUUGCUGACAUGCUAGCCAUCCGACAAAGAGCACUUGGUCAUGUGCGGUAUGUCCUAAAGGAUGGACUGAAGUGGCUUCCGUUGUAUGGAUGGUACUUUUCGCAGCAUGGAGGAAUAUAUGUUAAGCGAAGUGCCAAAUUUAGUGAAGAGGCAAUGACUAAUAAACUACAGCAACAGAUAAAAUCAGGAGCCCCAAUUUACCUUGUGAUUUUCCCAGAAGGAACACGUUAUAAUCCAGAUUACCCUCAAGUGAUUGCAGCAAGUCAAGCGUACGCUCGUAAAGAAGGACUACCAGAGUUAAGACAUGUAAUGUCUCCGCGUGUGAAGGCAAUGCGAAUAGCCAUUAACACCUUGAGAUGCCGCCUAGAUGCAGUGUAUGAUAUCACUGUAGUAUAUGAAGGAGCUGUCAAAAAUAAUGGGCAACGGGAAACAGCGCCAUCCAUGCCUGAAUUUUUGUGCAGAGAGUGCCCAAAGAUACACAUUUACUUUGAUCGUGUAAAUGUGAAAGAAAUUCCAGAGGAAACUAUUUUCAUGAAGAGAUGGUUACAUGAACGUUUUGAAAUUAAAGACAAAUUGCUUACAGAUUUCUACGAGGCAGAUGAUGAACAGAAGCGACACAAAUUUCCCGGAGAAGGACGCCACUCACAGUUGAGCCUUAUGAGGACUCUACCAUCCCUGCUCUUUCUUUGUUGUCUGACAGUUCCCAUGCUCGCGACAGAAACUGGAAGGAAGAUUUAUAUGAAGACUUGGCUUUACGGGACUUUAAUCGGCUGGUUAUGGGUGAACAUUAGUCCUUAAAACUCCAACCCUCGAAGUUUGAAUUAUAUAGAAUAAUCUGAACAUAAUUGCUUGUAUAGCAUUUUUUGGAAGUUACCUUUAAACUGGAAUUUCUAAAUUGCUCUUGAAGAAAUUUUAUAUUCUAAUGAAAAACAUUUGCCUUAAUGACCGAGAUGAACAUAUUACAGUAAUCCACCUGUUUAGUAUGGCUGUAAUAUAGUGGUAAUAAUUUACCUGCUCAAUGUAAUUGUAGAGCCCUGAUGUCUUUCUGUGCAUUUUGAAGAAGAAAAUGUCAUUUGUUUGGAGGAUUUGUAUGGUGUGCGAUUGGAACAUGAUGGGGAAGGUGCUUGAUUUGAUGUUACAAGUAGCUACAGGUGUAUUGUGUCGAGGGACAAAACUUGCUGACUUAUUGUAUUUGUUUGCAUCAAGUCUUCUAUUUAACACUGUACAUUAAGGAAAGGGUCUUUAAUUGUUUGUGUUUCAUUGCAUUUUGUUCUAAUUUAAGGGUGUCAUUACAACCACUGGUGCUUUGAAAUGAUAAAGGAGCUAGAUCUGAUUCAUGGUCAUUUACACUCCCUCAAUAUUUUAUCUUUAAAUUGUUCUAUCAAGAGCAUUUCCACGACGAUAUAAUCACUUUGGAGCAUGGGUUACUUGUGGAGGGGAAAAAAACAAAUUAUUUUUAGGUGUGAUGGUGAAAGAUGGAUGAAAUGCUUAAUUUCAGUUACUACUUAGUUCUGUAAACCAAUGAAUUUUAAAGAUACAUGAUUACUGUGGCAUUUCAGGUUGUAUGUGUAUGUACUAAAUGUACAUAAACGGUCACGUUGUUGGACUGAAA